AUGUCAUUACCUUACAGCACGCUGGAGGUUUGCGGUGCCGAGAACUAUGGACCGCCUGGCGAUGGCUAUGGCAACACAAAUAAAGAGGUGGUUAAUCACCCGGACAGUAUAACCCCCCAAGUGGCUCCUUUCGAGGUUGAGGGGGCUGCUGGUUAUUUUCCUGAAGUUGUCAAUCACCAGAAGGAAGAGCAUCCCAGCGCUACGACUACGCCAGCCAAGAUCUGUGGUCUACCAAAACGUACAUUUUAUAUUAUUCUCACCAUCGGAAUACUUGUGGUAAUCGGUGCCAUUGCGGGAGGAGUCGCAGGGGGCGUAUCACGCAAAAACUACUCUACUAAACACUCGGAUGACUCGAACUCAAACGAUCCGCGACCGGUUCCUAGUAAUGGUACAGACACAGAUGGUAACCCGUCGCAAAGCCAUAAUACCAAUGUUCUCGAUAUAUCGAAGCUGGCGUCGUCGAAUAUGACGGGGACCGACGGCAACACGUACCGGACAGUCUUCUUUCAGGACACGUAUAACUCUAUCAUCGCACGGAGGUGGGAUUCGCAGAAUAAGACCUGGGAAACGAUCAAUAUCACAAAAAUUAUGGAUGGUCAUGCGACGCCGCUAAAUCCGAUAGCUGGUACACCUCUGGCGAGUACAUCGUGCGAUUAUAACGGCAAGGAUCAAGUGCAUGUCUGGUUCAUAACUCCCGCCAACUAUAUAAGUACCCUCAUGCUAAGACACGCCAAAACAUCGCCAAACGGCUGGGGAUACGAUCUAAGUGGUAGUGGUACCGUAGAAACACUUCAUGGUUCUCAGCUCGCUGCCGCGUGGCAGCGUUGUUGGUCUGAUAACUGCCCGAACGACUGGGGUAAUUGGGCCGUGGCUUACCAGACCCCUGGAGGUGAUAUAAAUAUCGCCAAUUCGACCGACUGGCAAACCCCGACCAUGGCGGUCCAGGCGAGAUCUGUCGCGGAGAAUUCUAGCUUGGCUCUGAUCCCCCAACUGGACGCACACGACAAGAUAGAGAUUGUUCGGUUGAAUCUAGUGUCGGAGGCUCUCCACUCAGCAGAAGCUGGCAUCAUGCAACAGACUAUAUAUGUCGAGACUUGGGUUCCCGAUUUAGACUUGAUCGACAACAUACCAACACCCGAACCGAGCCUACAGUUCGCUAUCACGCUCCUAAAUGAUUUCAGUCUGCCGAUGUUUCUCGCGUUGCUCCCCAACGGUACUGUUUCGGGUAUGUGGUGGACGGGCACCCACUUCGAGUCUAUACCGAGCUUCAAUUUCAACGGGGGCCCAUCGUCGGUGAACUUCACCGCGAUCUCAGCGACCGAGGAGGCGAUGUUCUACGGCAUAUCUAACGACGAGGUCUUGCAGUAUGAGCCAGAUCCCGAGGAUCUAUUCAGUUUCAAAUAUGUUGGAAGGGUUUAUCCGUGA